GGGUUCAAGGUUUAAAAAUAUGGCAUUUAGCCUAAGGUUUGACGUGCGAAAAAAGCUGAAACCAAAACAAACGUGCACACAGAAAAAGAUCAAGUGAAGUACAAGUAUCAAGGAAGGAAGAAAAUAUGGUGUAGCGUGGACACAAAAAUGUAUAAGUCAUAAUACAUAACAAGAGAUGGCCACUGGCACAAAAGGUUUGACAGUGUGGUGUAAAAACAUCACACAGAAUUAUGGCGAAGAUGUGGAAAUUAAAAACAUGACAUCAUCAUGGAAAAAUGGCAUGGCAUUUUGUGCAAUUCUGCAUUACUACAGGCCUGACCUAAUAGAUUUCAAAAACCUAUCGAAAGAGAAUGUUGCUACUAACAAUGAGCUGGCAUUCCGAAUAGCUGAAGAUGAGUUAGGAAUUCCUGCUUUACUCGAUGUUGAAGAUAUGGUCGAGAUGAAAGUUCCAGACCGACUGAGCAUCAUGACAUACGUAUCGCAGUACUAUAAUUACUUCAAAGAUAAAACUCCAGGAGAAAUUAUAACUCAUCGUAUUCCAUCCAAGAAAAGGCCUCAUUCAGAAGACCUCAACGUUACUCCAGUAAAGAAGGGACCGCAAGGUUAUCUUGCUUCCUCUAAUACAAAGACUGCAUCUCUUAACAAAUCUAAUUGUUUCUUCUGUGGAAAAAUUGUUUAUUUGAUGGAACGUUUGUCUGUGGAAGGCAAAUUAUUUCAUCGAGUGUGUUUCGCGUGUUGUGUGUGCAACAUACAACUUAAAAUCAGUACUUAUGACUACGAUAAAAAAGAAGAGAAGUUUUACUGUGAUCGCCAUUAUAAAGAACGAAGUAAAAAACGCUCUGACCCAGACGGUAAAGAGGGAACGCCGGAGAAGGAAGCCUUGUCAAACAUUAAUGAGGACAUUAUCAUGUCGAGCGACACAAAUGCUUCUACAACGAUAGGAAAUGGUUCGAUUCCUUUUAAACGCAAUGAACAGUUCGUUAGACGUGCUAUACGACCACAAUCGUCUCCAGCUGAAUUACAGUGGGAAAAAUCCCAUGUUAUAAAAUCGAAAGACGAAGAGCUUGGAUCGCCAACAAAAUCCAAAUCGGCUGCCAAGACGUUCCUUGGUGCGAUUAUCAAGAGAAAAGCUAGUAACAGUGAUCAACAGACGGACUUCUCCAAUCCAUCAUACCAGCAACAUAUUGACCUGUCGAAUUUUAUGAAUAAGCUUGAUCAAAGAAAUGAGAACAUGUCGGAAGGCGAUAGAGUAGUCGUAGGGUUGGAAGGUAACUAUGAAAACACAGAAACAUUAACUGGCGUUCGAGUCCCGGCUCCUUAUAUGGAUGAUCAUUUGAAGAAAUUUCACGGAGAAGUGGAAAGUGGCGACAUCGAUGCCAAGUCGGUUUCGAAAGGUGUGCAUAAAAAGAAACUUGUUUUGAAAGUGAAAAAGAAGAAGAAAGACGAAUCGAAGAAUGUUGUGAGUAAGAAAAAUGAAAUAAAAAAGCCUGUCGUUCCGUAUGCAGUGAUGGAAUACCCGUCUGUAAGCGAAAGUAAAAAAGAAUACGAAAAUAUUGAUAAUUUUGUUCAUUUCCAAACUGAUGCUACUGCGAGCAAAGACGAUAAUGCUGAAAGAAGUAAUGCUCAAAGUGAGACGAAUAUUUACGCUAAUAAUGAUGUUACCGAGGAAACGCAUUAUGCAGAGCCAUCAGCUGUUCCUACGGAACAGCCGACGGACCAUCAUGAUGAUGUUAUAUAUCACAAUAUUUCACCUGAAGAACCAGAGGAAAAGCAAAAUCCGUUACUUCUUGCUGCCAGAAAUAGACUGCAUGCUACUAAAAAUAACAACAUAACUUCAACUAGUAAAACUGAGAAACAGAAAGAAAGAAGGGGAAGCGAGGAUGUUGAAUCGUCCGCGGAAAAUCACCUCGCCGCCAGAAAUAGACUGCUAGCCACUAAUAAUAAUAUAACUUCCACUAGUGAAGUUCAGAAGCACGAAUACAGAAGAGGGAGUGGCGCUGUGGAACCAUCCGCAGGAAAUCCGUAUUUGAACAUCAGAUCCAACUUGCGAAAAGCGAAAAGCAGUGAAAACAUCCUGACUAUUGAAACAAACGCUGUGAACGAUGAAAAUAAUGAAAUCAAUAAAACCUUUCUUGCUGCGCGCGCUCACUUACACAAAACUGAUGUUAGUAGAUCGGACCAAGAUCUUAGUAAGGUAAGCAAGCCCAAAACCACGAAACACGGUGUGGUGAUAAAGCGGGAAGAGGCUGGUUCGUUAGAACAAACUUUUUUAAAUGCCCGGUUGGCAUUGCAUAGCACCGGUAGGCUGCAAGCCGAGGUACAAAGAGAUGAACUGGAUAAUAAAGAUGAACCGAAACGUACUGAGGUCCAAAAAGAUAAACCGGAUAAUAAAGAUGAACCGGAACGCACUGAGGUCCAAAUAGAUGAACCGAACAAUAAAGAAAAUACUACCGUAGCUAGUAAUAACAGUCCAACCAUACCGUCUACUGAUGAAAGUAAAAUUGAGUUAUCACCUUUUAAAAUUGAAAAAAAAACUUCGAUCAAAUUGAAGAAAAUACAUUCGCCUACGGAGGAAGAUAAAAAUAUAUUACAAACUCCAAACGACAAUGAGGUUGAAGUUGUAGAAAAAAUGGACCUUGACGAUGACGAGAAAAAAAUAUCAAAUGAAACGUCCAACCCUUUUCUCACCCCGGAAGUGUCACCCACCAUUCCGCGAAAAUCUGAUAAUACUAAUCCGUUUUUAUCGUCGACAGAGGAUUUAUUAUUCGAAGACGACGGCGAGAGCGACUUCGAUGAAUCGAACCCGUUUGCAGAUGACGCGCGGCUGGAAAGACGAGCUACGUUAGAACAAAAGAAGGGUGAUUCGUUUAAACGCGAAGCAGAAACUAGAAGAUCCAUGGAGAAGAAAAAAGAACUUAAAAAGAUGGGUAUUACUGACUCAAAUCCAUUUGCCGAUGACCUAAUUGACGAAAUGAGCGAAGAGGAGGAAGACCAUCUCAUAUUACAGAAGACGCCCAGCAUUCAUGUACCGGAAGUGUCAAGUCAUUUACCUAAUACUAAAAGAAAACUUGUGCUCAAAACGAAGCAUAAUCAAAAGUUAAACAGACCUGCCAGUACCCCAGUUGGAGCUCCUGUGCCCGUGCCCAGACCUAAAAAGAGGAUGGCACCCAAAACGCCUCCAAUAAAGUCUUCAGAACCAAUUACGGAGCCCGCUGUAACUGCGCCAACGUCAGGCAAAGGAACGUUGACAAAGAGACGGGCACCUAAACCUCCAGGUAUUCCUGCUGCAUUUGUAAAUGGUACAAAGAACGUUUCAACUCAAAACGAAAGUGCUAACUUAGAUAAAGAUGAAACGCCGCUUGAAAUAAACAUUGCAACCGAAGCUUGUGUCAUUGAGGGUCGGAAUGACCCUGAGGAGGAGAUCCCUAAAGAACACAUCCUCAUAGGAGAGAGCCCCACCGUUAUGCCAAAGCAAGAAACUGACACAGACAAGGAUCGUGUGGAACCUCGUGAUGUACCUCCUCAACGACCAUCACCACCGAAGCUUGAUCGAAAAAUGAGCGAGAAACGGAAGGCACCUCCCAGACCGCUGAGACCACCAGUGCAGUUUGAUGAGCGAGCUUUUAUGGAGAACGUUGCUUUGAGAGAUAAACAGCCGAAGCGAGAAGAGAUGGAAGCUGAACUGCAGUUUUUGGAGAUUCGUCAAAGAGAACUAGAAAUGGAUGGAGUAGUUAUGGAAAAGAAGCUUCGUGAAAAUAGUGAAGGUGAACCGGAGGAGGCUUACUUGAUGACUUGGUUCGAACUUGUCAAUCAAAAGAACUUGCUACUAAGGAGGGAGAACGAAUUGAUUUAUAUGUGUCAAGAGCUGGACUUCCUUCAAAACCAAAGACGUGCAGAGUUUGAGUUAAGACAGCUGAUGAACAAACCAGAACAAGAGAAGACGAUGGAAGACCGCAUGCGAGAGGACGAGUUGCUAGCAGACAUUUUGAAUUUUGUCGCUAAACGAAGUAAUAUUGUGGAUAAGAUGGAUGAGGACAGGCUUAGAGAGUAUGAAGAAGACCAAGAAAUCAGUAACAUGAUGGAAGCACAGGGUCUCUCCCCCGCACAUCGUAAAACAAGUCAAGACGUUCAAAAAACGCCCGCAAAUAACAAAAAGCAGAAGGAGAAGGAGAAGAAAAAAGAAAAGGAGAAGAAGAAAAAGAAAAAGAAGUGAAAUAUGGUACUCGUAGACGGCGUUAUCAUUGCAUAUUAUAUUUAUGUAAUCCGAAUUAUUAUCCAGUCCAUUAUGAUUAUAGAUACAGCCUUGUUUUGCAAGGACCAGGAAAUUUGCUCCAGAUGAGAAAGUAUAUGAGGAAAAAAGCUGACAAGAGAUCAAAGUAUAUGUUCGAGAUAAAGAGAGCUUGCUGUAAUUUUAAGGUGGAGAUCUUACAUGUGAUAAAAAAGGGGUGCGAUUUAAUAAAAAUUGAAUUUAUACGUUGGAUAAUCAUAUUAUGUAAAUACUUUGCUAUUUCCGCUGUUCUUAGAGCACGAACAGGGCAGGUCCUGUUAGCAAACUAGAUAGAUUUGGUAAGGGCAUGGAGGUAGAAAUAAUUUAUUUUUAUAUCUAUUUCUACCUCCAUGGUAGAUAUAACUUCCCUCUAUGCAGAAUCUUCGUAAACAUCUUAUGUGUAGAAAAAAACUAUGAAGAUUUUGACGAAGUUUCUAUUUUUUUAACAACGUAAUUUUUUUUCUAUAAAUCAUCUUAAUGGGGGGGGGGGGAGUUUUAAAACCCAACCAUCCGUUUUUACUCUUUUUUUAUCCCAUUUUCCGAUAUACAGUUUCCCGAUCCCAUCGGAUUUUUCUACUGUUUUUUUAAACAAAUCUUUGAAUAUUCUUUUCUUAAAGAGAGCUGAUGUAGUUUAACAUUUCCACCUAUUCUGCAUCUAGGAAAGUGCGUCCACUCCUGUUCUCUGCUAAAUUUUAUAGAUGUAUCCAAUUUUCGAAGAAAAAUUACGAUAGUAUAUAUUGCUUUUUUAUUCCAUUUAUAUUAUACAUAUGUUUCAUAGAUCCUCUAUUUAUUCGAAUUUUGUUAAAUAUCGUCUUUCAAUUGCUUAGAAAAUUGAACUUAAAAUCUUAGUUAUUUUGUUACAAUAUACGAAUUUUUGUAAUUAUUUGUCAAAAUUAUGUUUUUGUCUCGGUUAUAAUUUCUUAGUUUGAUUAAUCGAGACCAGUUUGGCAAUUCAAACUUUACUCGUUUAUUUAUUAAAAAAGCGUCAUAUUUUAGUUAUUGUAGUCGUAUCGUCCUAAUGCUGAACCUCCUUGGGAGAAAAAGCAUGCAUUUGCUUAGAUGGGAUCUAAUGAGGUUUUACCAGUUUUUUUUUUUUUCGAACGAGGUUUAAAUAAAAUGUGGCCACAGUUGUUGAAUUCUCCUUUUUACUUGAAAAUAUUCAUCAAUUGUUCCUAUCACUAUACGUUUUGUAUUCGAAGACGAACUGUGUAAUCACAAAAUUAAAAAUAACAUGCUAUUAUUAACUAAUAUUUCACUUAUUUAGGGAGCCUACAUAUGUUAUUAUACUUUUCCUAAACAACACUAAUAAGAAAGUAUAAACCUCCUGAGAACUUUGGACAGAGAAAGUGUUGAGUUAAUUAAUGAAUAAACGGGGGGAAUCAUUUAAACGUGAAAAUUGAGUUUAAUAUUUUUAUCUUAAUAAACAAAAACGGCCUGUAUUUUGCCAAUUCUUUAGUUUGUAGAUAACGAAAUAAAUUUAUUGCAAUUUUU